GCAUGGAGGGGAGCUUUUGAUUCUGUGGGGCAGCGGGGCUGGAGAUGGCAGCUAUGGGAGGCAAUGCAGAGGCUACGGAGAGUUGGGGCUGAGCCCUGGGAGUGGCACAGGGAAGUUGGUCUAGAGCUGGAAUCCACAGCAGGCCACCUUCCUGGUGCCUGCAAGAUGCAAAUGAUGGGAACAAUGGGGCCUCUGUGCCCAGGCCAUUAGUGGCAGAGCCUGAGCUCUAGGGAGGCAUAGCUGCUUCACCAUGGCCAUGGACAGGCUCAGUGGGAGCAAGCCCUGGUUGGAGCCACCCCUUCCACCCCUCAGAUAUGUAGACUCGCCAGCGUGGAAAAAAGAUGACCCCCACCCAUCUCCUCUUCCUGCCCCUGGGACCUGGAGACACAGGCAUCCCUUCCCAGAAGCCCAAGAGGUGGAGAAAGAGGAGGAGGAUAACUAUGAACUGCCACCCUGUGAGGCUCUGCCCCUCAGUCUAGCCCCCGCCCACCUUCCUGGCACCAAGGAGGAUUCCUUAUACCUGGAUCACUCUGGCCCCCGGGGCCCGUCCAAGUCGCCACGACCGCAGCCCCAGCCCGGGACGCUGAAGGCGGCACUGAGCCUGCAGGAGGCCAUGAAACAGGGACAGUCCCUUGGGAGGCGAGAGCUGGAUGCCUCAGCCAGAGUGGUGACAGGCCCUCCAAAGAAACCUGAUGAGGACAUCUACCUGGAGUGUGAGCCCAGUCCAGUCCCGGUCUUGACUCGGACUCUGAGCUCCCAAGUCCUGAUGCCCCUAGUCCCUCUGCCAAGGACAUCAGUGGUGCCCAGGCCCACCGUAGCCCCCCAGGAUGCUCAGAAUGGAGCAGAAAAUACCACCUAUAAAGAGUCUGCACCAAAGCAGGAAAUUCCAAGCCUGUACUUCAAGAUCUCCCCUAAUUUUGGGGUCCCGUGUGGCCUAGCUGGUGGGUCCCACCAGAGCCCGACACCUGCCAGAAGGAGAUCCUCUUUUUCUUCUGCAGCCCCCACCUGGAGCACCUCUGCUGCUGAGGACAGCAGCCUGCUGGGUCAGCCUUGGUACUCAGGGAACUGUGACCGUCAUGCUGUUGAGAGUGCUCUGCUCCGAUUCCAAAAGGAUGGGGCAUACACCAUACGCCCCAGCUCAGGGCCUCAUGGCUCCCAGCCCUUCACCCUAGCAGUGCUUCUCCAUGGCCGGGUCUUCAACAUUCCCAUCCGAAAGCUAGAUGCUCUUCUCCUCUGUGGCUGCCAUGGUCCAGCACUACAGUCAGCACGCCCUACCCCUUGUGGACCGGCAGAGCGGCAACCGGCAGCUCACCUGCCUGCUCUUUCCCACCAAACCCUGAGGCUUACCAAAGGGCUGGCAUCUGGGAGAGACUCGGUGGCCCUCCGCAUAGUUCACUUGCAAUAAAUAUUUGUUGAAAGAAUUUUUUAAUUUGUUGAGUAAAGCAGAGGUGGCCUCCCUGAAGCUGCAAAGCUCUCAAGUGUCACAGGGCACAGACUGGGUGUCGGAUUCAUGAAGCAGUGGUGGCCAGGCCAAGGCAGGAAGGGCCAGCCCCAUUUCUUCCACUUGAUUGGGGCUCUUGACCUUAGAUGGUUUGUGCCAAGAAUGAGGAAGGCCAGUCCCUAGGGAGUGGAGUUUUGUUUUGUUUUGUUUCUGGGGUCAGGGUGAGGAAGAGGCCGGGGAAGACCCAGUGCUGUCUGCCACCCUAUUAAAUGAUGAGAAUACAGAGAAGUACUUGUUCACCACCUAUAUACUGUACAGUGUUUCCCCAGGGGGAGAUGAGCAAAAGCAGAGACAGGCAGACCCCAGGAAACAACUGGGUAUUGCAAACGCCGGUCCUGGUACUGAAAGCUAUGGGGGGCUCAACGCAGGCCUUCAAAGAAGACCAGAGGCCAUCGAGCAGAGCUGCUUGACCGGGUGUGGCCCGGCCACCCGGCCGAGACUGCAGGGCCCCGGCGGCCUGCAGGCGGGCGGGGCUGGGCGGCGGGCGGCGCGAGGCUGGGCGGAGGGGCGGGGGUGUCCCCGGGCCCUGGCGCGGCGCCCGGAACACCCCGUGCCGGAAGCCCCGUGUGACCGUGACUGCGGGGAAGCCGCGAGCGCAGUGAAACAAAGAGCGGUGGUGCGGCCGCCGGGCGUUCAUACUGGCACCGAGGGCCCGGACCCCCUACCCCCGCCGGAGCCACCCGUGCCUCGGGACGACCCGGGCCUGGCCUGGCAGGGAGGCGCCGGAUCCCUCUGAGGCCGGGGCGGAGCGCAGGCCCGGGGGGCGGGUGCCCAGGAACGCCGAAACGCCAGUGCGAGGCUGGGUGGGCGAUGUCGGGCCAGGCUGGGGUAGUGACGGUUCUCCCCGUCACUGCCGGCUCUGGCAAAUUAGCCUCUGAAUCGUAAUUUCUGCAGUAGAGGCGAAGGUCAUCAGACCUACGCAAUUAGCCUACGCACGGUUCGGUGGCGUAAGGGAGGAGUUCCGUUUGAAGCAGUGACGACAAGACAGGGCCUGAUGGGCAGCACUCAGCUCCUGACUCUCAAGUAAACAUGCACCUGAAUUCAGGUCAAUGAACUGCCACUUUCAAGUCACAGCCCGGAUGUAGUUUCUGACCAGGGCACCAGCAAGAGGAGCAGAGUGGGCAGCUGGGGCAGGGCAGGGUGAGGGUGGGCCAAGAGAUUAGCAGCUGGAGGCUCUAGGAGAAGUGUUGGGGAGGAUAGGACAGCCUCCCUCAUGUCUGUUAGCCAGUCCUGGCUCCCUCUGGGCCCUGGCUGGGAGUGGCCUCUGUCCACUACACUUUCCCCAGCCUGACCCUGGCAGAGCUCAGGCUGAAAAGGGCUGGGCCUCAGGGUACAGCCAGACUCCUGCAUCCCCCCCACAGAUGAUCUAUUUGCAGCUUUGACUUCUCUUGAGGAGCCCUACCACCCUAUGGCUACUAGGGCCGUAGGGCCAGUUUUUAUGAACACUGAAUUUACCUAGCCCCAAAGCUAAGUGAGCUGUGUGGGGAGAGGAGGCCACGGUGCAGUUAGUGAGUUAGUGGCCCUGUAGGGACUCUCUGCUUGGUCCUAGAUUCAGGGAGUAAUUUUAAGGAACUAACUUCAAUCCUUUCUCUCUUGGGGAAAAAGAGGAGGAUCAGUCCAGGCAGUGAGAAGGGACCCAGACGGCCAAAAAGAGCUUGGUCUAGCAGGUGGCUCGGGCUAGCCAGUGCCGCCUCAGCCUGCACAUCGGUGCUUACAUAUCCCUUUUCCCAGGAAACAGUUUCAUCUCCCCCAGCCUGGGCUCAGGCACUUAGUACACCCCCUGGCAAUUGCCUUUUCACUCCUAGGGAAGGACCAACUACUACUGCCAACUAUUAUUUACUGGCCUGGAAUACAAUAGGCGCCAAGUAUUUGUUGAAAGAGUCACUGAAUAGGUCAAGUCUACUAUCCUGGAUUCCUCUAAAGCUGUUAACUUUCCUUGAUCAGACUUUCCUUUGUAAACCCAGUGUUGUCAAUCGACCUUUCUGUGAUGAUAGGAACAUUGCACUGUCCAGUACAGUAACCACUAGCUACAGGAAGUUAUUAAGCAUUUGAAAUGUGAUUUCAGUGUGAAUGAGGAACUGAUUUUUAACUAUAACUUACUUUUUAAUUAAUUUAAACAUAAAUAACCACAUAUGGUUCACGGCUAUCCUAUUGUUCCAGGUCUCUUGCCUUCCCAGGGCGAGGGGUGGUGGUGAGAGAAAUCUGGAAAAGUUAGGGGGUCCUUGGUCUGGAGGAGCCUGGGAGGCAUCCGUAAUGAGUGAGAGCAAAAAGGAGCUGUUGAGCUUCUGAGCAGGGGUAGGUGCAGGGCUGGUAUUUUAGGAGGGUCGCUUUAGCUGAGAAGUGCUGAGCAGAUUGAGGGGCAACACAGAGGCAGGGAGAACAGUUAGUUGCUGCAGAUUUUUCUGUGAUUCAGGUGAGAGGUAACACCUCUUGAUAUUUCACCAUGCUGGUGUCUCUCCAAGGCCUGUGUGACAUUAACCUUGGUCUCUUCAUUUUUAAACAGGCCUAAUAACACAAUAAUUCACAAUCACAAUGUAGGUUGAUCACAGGGACUA